AUGAUAUGUUUUGUUAUAUUUGUAUGGAAUAUUGCUAAGGUGGAUCUUUAUUAGAUCUUUUAAUGGAAAAAAAUAAUUAAAAGAACAAGAAGCAAGUAUAUUGAUGCAAUAAUUAUUUUCAGCUUUGUAGGAUCAUCAUAUUAUGUUUCACCUGGUGUUUUAUAAGGCAAAUAUGAUCAAAGAUGUGAUAAUUGGAGUUUAGGCGUUCUUUUAUAUUUGCUUUUAGUCGGAUAUCCACCCUUUUAUGAUGAUAAUAAAUAAAAACUAUACGAAAAAAUAUAAACGGGAACAUAUUCUAUGAGUGGGAGUGAUUGGAAUAAUAUUUCGGAAAUGGCAAAAGAUUUGAUAAGGAAAUUACUUGUAGUUGAUCGAUAAAAAAGGCUUACAAUAACUUAAGCAUUAGAACAUCCUUGGAUAAAAAGAAAAAUUAUGGUCGCUUUUCAAAUAUUUAGACUCUUCGAAUACUAAUUCGGUUACAUUGUUAGAUCUAUAAGAGUGGUUUUUGAGAAAUGGGAGAGAUAUUUCAAUUUUGGAUAUUUAGAAAAUGUUUGA